CUGACUCCUCCUCAUCAACACCUUCAACCACCACGCCGCCGCCCCUUCUCCUCCCCUCCCUCCCACUUACUUACUUGACCUUUUGUCAUCCUGACGCCCUCGAGAGGUUUGUUUGCCUCCUCAUUUCUUUCAUAUUCUCCCUCCUUCUCGUUCACAGCCACUCUUUCGUUGCAUCCGCCUUGCGACACUCUCUACCUUUGUUUCUCGCCUGCUUCCAAUUCUUUGUCAUUCAACCUCCCACGCUUACUCGACGUCCCCGGCACUGGUACUGUGACGACAACCCCACUUCGAAACCUUGCAAGCGAUUUCCUUGUCUUCCUCUCUUCCUACGGCCGUUGUUUCUCCUGUUUCCUAUCCUUCCACCCUCAGACACAGAUCACCAAACAUGGACGACCCCAUAGACCAGGUUGCCAACCAAGAUGUUGAAAUGAACUUGUUCGAAACCGAUGCCUCAGAUGCCUGCCGUGACCCUCCGGCCCGCCUAGCUGCUCGAUUCUGCAGAAAAUCAAAUGCUCGUCGAAAGACGUCUGCAAAUUCAUCUCGCCGUAGCUCCCUGUCAUCCGUCCACUCGCAUUCUUCAGUACUCUCAAGUCACGGGGGACCACACAGCAAUCACAUUGCCCAACAUCUUCGGCGCGCAUCCAUCAUUGAGAGUCGCAAGGCCCGGCUGGCCUCUAAAGCCGCCCAUGCCGAGCAAGUUAGACUGAGAGCUGCAGCGGCCAAGGCGUCGCAGAGAGCCAACAACACCGAAGAAAAGGCCCAGGCCGCCCAAGCUGCUCGAGAGAAACUUCUCGCUGAGAUCACAGCACGAUGCGAGGAAGAAGUCCGACGAGCCAAGAAAAUUGCAGAGGAAACAAAGGAGAAGAAGGCCGCUGAGUUGGCCAGACUCAAGGAGGAAAUGGCGGAGAAGUUCGCAGUGGCAGCUCAUCGCAAGUUUCUCUACCAGCAAGGCCAGCGCAGGUCAAGAGCAACCUCGUUGACCGCCGUCGAGGAGAAAAAGGUGGCGCCGGUUGUCAAGCGGACCAAUCGUGUCUUCUCGGCCAAAGUCAUCCAAAGAGCCUGGCGUUAUUAUCAAACUCGCAAGCUCGUUUCUGCAUUUUCUGCAGUGGGUCUGUCCCUGAAGGUUGCCAAAUCUUCUCCCUUUGAAGAACUCAGACAGGUGCUAGCCAGAGAUGAUACGAUUUCAACUACAUUGGCCCUGUUCAAGUAUCUCGGCUUGCUUGGGGAGGUACAGGAUGACUCGAGCAUGGUUCGGGUUUUCCUCAGCUCCUUCAUGAUUCUUGCACAUCCAGUCCAGGCUCUGAGCCAUGGCGGUCACGAUGGACGGGAGCAAGACCUCAUCUCAAAGGCUGCGGCUCUAGUCGAUGCCUUUGAGUCUUAUACCCAAGCUAUCCUCUCCGUCUAUCGGCCCAGUAAGCCAUUACCGGCUAAGGAACAGCUGAGCUUUGCAGUGAACGAUUUCUGCGCCACGUUUGAUACUUGGAAAAGCCAGGACUUGAACACUCUAGUGGACAUCAUGAUCAGUUCUUUUGUCAAUCUAGACUUGAUCAUCCAGGCCACAAAGAACGACCACGAAGGACAUGUUGCAGACGACUAUCUUGAAGCUGUUCGACAAGAACAAGUCAAGUUACUCGCCCGGCUCAAACGAAUGGCUGGCACAGAAGAGGCACUCGCAAGAGUCCGAGUGGCGGUGCGUAAGGCACGGAAACAGUACGCCGCAGACAAGAAGCGCAAGACCGCUGUUCAAGUGCCGAGAGCCACCACACCCAACGAGGUUGGUGUCUCGGAACACGGGGCACCACUCACACCUCCUGCCACUCCACAGCCCGAAGUGCGAAGCAUGUCUCCAAAGACGUCGUCAUUUGCCGAUAGCUUGGGCCAGAUCAUGACUGUUCUCCCUUCAAAUCGCGAGAUUGCUCACGAGAUACAAAUCAACGGAACUUUUGAAGUCCAACAGCGACCGUGGACAGAGGCACGGAAAGAUUUGAUGGACUCUCUCCAAAGCAACAUGCGACUGAGCAUGCAAGAUGGCAGUGGUGAAUCCAUCACCCGAUGGACCCAUGCCAUGGCUGUCCUCAUCCGUGACAAGUUGAUGAACCUGAUCAGCCCUCGACAUCCUCUACACGACCGAAUUGAUGGAUUCCUUGAUCCGGUCUUGAUCCGGCAACAAUCUGUCAACGGAGUUUUCUCUUACGACUCUUUCUUCCAGACCAUCUCGGGCAUGAUCUCGCAGAUCUGCUCGCCGGGACGGGACGAAGCAGUAAAAGCAUUUUCCACCAAUACAUCUGGUGACACCAUCAAGCGAUUCUUUGAAUUGAUCGACAUUAUAGACUUGAUGACAUUGGACCACAUCAACUUCCAAUUCCGACUGGCGUCACAGUCAGUUCUGGAAAAGGGACAUGAACAUGAAUUUGUUUCUUUUGAGCGAGAUAUCCAAACCGGGGUCCACGCCCUUGAACGCACCAAGCAGUGGUGGGCCAAUGCCCGCUCGAGCCUGUCAACCCCUCGCAGCACUGGGAGUGCGAUAUAUGCUCGAGGCUUGGUAGAUUUGGUUCUACGAAAUUCCGGCGUUCAAUAUGUGGAUUUCCCCGAAACGCUACAGUUGGAUUAUGUACGUUUGUUGAAGCUACGAGCUCGAGUCUUCCACGUGAUCGCCACGUCUUCAAUCCUCCUCACCACCAAAAUUCGAUUGCGUCGACACCGAGAGUCUCUGUGGACUAAUGAUGCACAAAGACUAAUGUCCUUGGAUUUGCAAACAGUGGAUGCAAACCGCAUCGUCUCCCUCAUCGAGUCAUCUCACAUGAUGCCGGACUCGACGAAGGAAGGCGUGGCCAACUUUGUGGGACGAGUUCUUCCGCCUGCCGCCGCAGCAGCGCAUCAUGUUGACUUGGCUGAGCAAGAAUACCAGGAUGCCCUACACAAUCAAGUUGCAUACGACUUUUCAAAGAGCAACUCAGCAGGUACUGAUGGAGAGGAGGGCUUCAGUGAACAGAUUGCUAGCUUCCUUUUGAAAUCAUUGAGGGAACAUGUAUUUGCUAGACUCUCGGCCAGCGGGACGGCGGAACGAGUACGGACUACGACAGGAGCGGCAGAGGCUCUAGCUAGACUGGGGAUGCCCGAGUUCCUGGACGAGGUGAAUCGUCUGGUAAACUCACUAGACAAGAUUCGGACCGUGGACCUCAAGGCUCACAGUAAGUGGUAUGACCAGAUUGCGGCAGCAGAUGAAGCAACAUGAGAUCAGCAUUCUUGUAUAGUUGGGCGGUUUGGCAUCCGGCAGGCAAGGAGUUUUGACCCUAUGAGCUUGGAUUACCUUUACCUUAGGAUAUCUACAAUUCUGGCGAGUCAUCAAGCAAGCCGUAUAUAGCACUUGCUUGUCAAGUGGAGCAUGAUAACGACGAUAUGACAAUGAGAAAUGCAUACGAAUGCUGAGACAUGGAUCAGUG